AUGACCAGCACGACCAGCACGACCAGCACGACCAACACGACCAGCACGCCCACCGGACAAGCAUCGCUGCUACGCGCCGCCGCCGACGGCUCGCUGGACUCCGCCGAGUGGCCCGCGACGCUGCAGUACAUUCUGGACCGCCUGGACGAGAUUAUCCACGAGUUCCCCAAGCCGCCCGCCGACACCAGCGCAGACGCAGACGGAGACGCAGACACCAGCACCCCCGCGCCCGCAGACACUAGCACCCCCGCGCCCGCAGACGCAGCGCCCAAGCCCGAGGCCGCCGCCGCCUCCGCCGCCGCCGCCGCCGCCCGCGACAAGGAGAAUGCGCCGCCCACAACGCCCCCGCGCCCGCCGCCCGUGCCCGUCCGGCCUGCGCCCGAGUCCAAGGCGCUCCCGCCCGCCACCACGUCCUUGUACGCCUCGAUCCGCAACGCACUGUCGCUGCACUUUGCAAAGCAACCCCCGCACACAGUCCAGCGCCUCGCCGAGCUCGUCCUCGAGCCCAAGCGACGCUACAAGCACCUCUCGCCCUACCUCCGCGCACUCGACCGCGUCGUGUCGGUAUCCUCGCCCCUCGCCGUCUUCCCGCUGCCCCAGGCCGUCCUGCCCAGCGCCAGCGGCCUGCUGAACGGCACAGCCGCAGCGCCGAACCCGCACGCUGCGACGCUCGGCUCCGACGAGUCGCUGGGCGGCGCCCUGCUCACACCCAUCCCAUGGCUGCACAGUCGAGGCCAGAACGAGCUCAUAUCAGAGAGCACCGAGAUGGUGGACGGGCCCAACGGCGCCGGCCGCAUUGAGACGGUCACCGUCGGCAUGCUCAGCGGCCAGCCUCCACGCCAGGAGCCAGCCGCCUCGUCUCCCGUGUCGCAGAUUGCUUCCUCGCACCCCGAUGGCGAAACACUGCCGUCGACCGGGCCCGUCACCCAGGGCGAGCUGCUGCGCCAGGAGCAGCAGGCCGGCAUUGUCCUCAACAAUCCGCACUCGCUGACCACGAGCCCCACACGGACAAGCUUUGGCGAAAGCGAGGGCGGCGCCACCGUUGUCGAAACCGUCGAGGCUGAAGAAGAGGCCCCGCACGCCAGGGGACCUGAGACCAUUGGGCUGGAAGAUACCGGCCCGCAAAAGCAGGGCGCAUCGCUCGACAUUGAAGGCGCAGUGGGACGCCCCAGCCUUGAGCGCUCGAGCAGGAGCCCGGGACGAGCCACAGCGCCUGGCGCAGAGUCCAAAGACGAGAAGAUGGAAGAUGCAGGGGAGACGAUGGAAGAUGCAGGGGAGACGGUGGAAGAUGCAGGGGAGAAGAUGGAAGAUGCAGGGGAGACGAUGGAAGAUGCAGGAGAGAAGAUGGAAGAUGCAGGAGAGACGAACGAGGACGACAAGGCAGCCGAGGAGCAGCUCCAGACCGGGGUCGCCGAGCAAGAAAAAGAAAGCGAGGCCAAGGAUGUGGACAUGAAGUACCACACCAGUACAUAG